CGCAGUGAUAAUCACAGACAGACAAUCUAGCAAGAAGUUAAAGGGUUCACCAAGAGGUUCAGUUUCCAUUCUCUAGUUUACAGUUGACCUGCCAAGAUGCUGCAGCUUCUUCUCCUUACGUUCUCUAUUUAUUCAAGAUUUAAACCAGUGACCCCAUUGGCUCUUGACCCAUGUUCUGCAUAUAUAAGUCUCAAUGAGCCUUGGAGGAAUACAGACCACGUAUUUAAUGAGUCCCAAGACAAACCAAUGUGCGACAACCAUUUGGAUGGAGAGUGGUAUCGUUUUACUGGCAUGGCUGGAGAUGCAAUGCCGACUUUUUGUAUCCCAGAAAACCACUGUGGCACUCAUGCUCCAGUAUGGCUCAAUGGAAGUCAUCCUAGUGAAUCAGAUGGCAUUGUACAAAGACAAGCCUGUGCUAGCUUCAACAACGAUUGCUGUAUGUGGAACACCACUAUUGAUAUCAAGGCUUGCCCAGGAGGAUAUUAUGUCUAUCGGCUAACCAAACCUAGUGUCUGCUUCCACGUAUAUUGCGGACAUUUCUAUGAUAUAUGUGAUGUUAUUGAUUGCCGAGGGACAUGUGUAGACUCUGGAGAUUGUGUUUGCAACAGCGGAACAGUGCUAGGCCCAGAUGGGCAGACGUGUCUUGAUGAAAAUGAGUGUGAGAAAAACAACGGAGGCUGCAGUGAGAUUUGUAUAAACUUGAAAAAUGCCUACCGGUGUGAGUGUGGGAAAGGACGCGUCUUGGGAAGAGAUGGAAAAACUUGUGAAGAUAUUGCAGGCUGCCAGCACAAUAAUGGUGGCUGUAGUCACAUGUGUGUUGAAACUGGCGAUUCCUAUCAGUGUCAGUGCCCACGUGGGCUGAGCCUCUCUGAUAAUAAUCUCACCUGUCAAGUUCCCGUGCUGUGUAAACCCAGCACAAUAGAAGUCGCUGUCCCAAAGGAUCUGGUAGGGGGGUUGGAACUCUCUCUAUCAAACUCAUCCUGCAAAGGAGUCUCCAAUGGCACUCAUGUCAACAUCAACUUUAACCUGAAGACCUGUGGAACCAUCAUCAAUGUGGUAAGUGACAAGAUCAUUGCCUCUAAUCUGGUCACUGGGAUGCCCAAGCAGACCCCAGGCAGCAAUGGAGACAUUAUCAUCCGUACCAGCAAACUCCUCAUCCCAGUAACAUGUGAAUUUCCUCGGCUUUAUACCAUCUCUGAAGGGUACGUCCCCAACCUCAAGAACUCCCCACUGGAGAUCAUGAGCCGUAACCGAGGCACCUUCCCAUUCGCUCUAGAAAUAUUUAAGGAUAAGGAUUUUGAUGAGCCAUACAGAGAGGAUCUUCCUGUGCUCAAGCUCAGAGACUCCCUUUAUUUUGGGAUUGAACCCCUUAUGCGUGUGAAUGGCUUGGAAACCCUCGUGGAGAGCUGCUUUGCAACCCCAACUUCCAAUAAUGAUGAGAUCUUGAAGUACUACCUAAUAAAGGAUGGAUGUGUCUCUGAUGACACAGUGAAACAAUAUUCAUCCAAAGAUCAUCUUGCCAAACAUUUUCAAGUUCCAGUGUUCAAGUUUGUGGGGAAAGAUAACAAGGAAGUAUUUUUGCACUGCCAAGUCCUGGUUUGCGGCACACUGGAUGAAAGGUCUCGCUGCGCUCAAGGAUGCCGGAGUCGGAUGAGGAGAUCUGCAGAGAUGGAGGAAGAAGAAAAGGCCACUCACCAUGCAAAUCGCCUCCUCACUGGUGGACCCAUUCGAAUUGAUUUUGAGGAGUAAUUUUACUUCAGAGAGAUAAUGUUGUAUUUAAAGCUUCAGCAAUAUAUGUGCUAAUAUACUUUUCAAUAUCUUUGUAUUUCUAGUUUCCCUAUUUAUAGUUGCUACAUGCUGUUUUUCUGUUUCCUUUUCAUUAUCACAACAGUGUAUAAAUAUGUUUCUUCUCAUCAUUUCCCUUGUAUAUUGCUGCAUUGGAAUGUUAACUAAAAUUUGACAGUCAUUAAUGAAAAGUUGUCUUAACUUCCUAAAAAAAAAAAAAGCAAAUUUAUAUUUGAUAAAUACAUUUGCCAAUGA